AUGAAGACGUCUCAAUUCCUUAGCCAAACACCCACAGUUGUGGUUAAAAGUACCACCACCGAUACACCUGCAACCACCAAAGAAUGGGAAACCACUACAAAUACUGUUUAUGUGACCGAAACUGAACCUACUACGUUUUUAACUACAACCCCGUCUCCACCACCAACAACCACAACUCCUACCACCACCAUGGAUCCGAUAUUCCAAUAUUUUAAAAAACCUGAGGAAGCUUCGAAAAACCCAGUCUACUUCGUCAUCCAGGGCCAUUCGAAAGUAAAAACUUACGGACCCAGCAAACAAGUUCAUGGCAUAUCAGUACAAGAAACCAACGAAAUAUUUGAUGACGAUAAAUCUCCCUAUAAAAUUUUUAUUCUUGUUUAUAACAAUAAUAAUUAA